UGUAUCGCUGAGUGUCUCAGUGCUGGUCAUGACCACAGCUCGAUGCAGAUAGCUGAGAGAAGGGUGAAGUGAGAGUGAGAGAGGAGAAGUCACGGUACGCAGGAUGGUGAGGUGCUGGAAACGCUCAGAAACGGGCAGGUUGGAGGACUCACAAUGCAUGGACGAGGGUCCAGCAGUGUCCCGCCGGUUCUCACACAAGGCAUUCUGGGUGACUCUCAGUGCCACUCUCCUCCUCGGCAUCAUCGCCCUCAGCGUCACGGGGCAUCUAUGGCUCAGACAGACCGACGCAGAGUCUUUACAGGUUGUCAGAAUCACAGUUCCGGAUCAGACUGGAACCCUGAUCAACCGAUCAGCAUUGGUGGACAAGCACAACAACCUGGUGACCUAUUCUGUGACCUCACAGGCCAACCACACCUCCACCGUGCUCUUUGAUGUCAAACAUGGUUUGAUAUGUUACAAGCCUGAGAACCAGGAUACUUGCUUCCUGCGUAAAAUGGAGAGAUCAGAUUAUGAAAAUGUGCACUCCUUCCUCCAGCAAUCAACGCAACAGGAGAGCCUGUUGGUGUUGUUGGGGAAUGAGACCCAGAGACAUACAGAGUUUCUGGGGGUGAUGGGGGGCAGUAAAGUGGACAUGUCCACCCUGGAGGAGCCUCUACAGGCCCUGUGUCAACACAGCUCCAUCCACUGGACCAGGAGACAAGACGGUCCAGGUAAACAGCGUCUGGUCUACUUCUGUAUAGACAUCUGCUUCCCUAGUAACAUCUGUGUGUCUGUCUGCUUCUACUACCUGCCGGAGUGACCUGCCAUCCAUCCUCUCUCAGGCAGAACAUUCCAGCGCUGAUCAGGGAAACAAAGUGCUCCUCCUCAUCCCUGCUAAGCCACCGGAGCGUCGCCGGCUCCAAAAAACACUGAAUAAAACCGGGGAACAGGAGACGGCGUUCACUCUCAAUACUGCAGCCCCUGCUGCUGCCACCUUAGUCCCUUCUAUGCUUCCGCUCCAGUCCUUUCCCUUCUGAGAGAGAAGCAACAGUAACAAGCUGUCAAGUUUAUCUGCAGACUACCCUCGUCACCUUUCCUUAAUGUUUAAUACAUUCCCUUGUGGCAGAGUUUUCCGUUUUUUGUGCUUGUACUGUAACUCACUGCAGAUGAGUCAUCAUGUGUGUAACCAUUCCUGUUUGCUGGAAUGUCUUAAUGACUUGAUCCCUCCAAUAAACAACUGUUGUGUAAACUAAAUUUUUUAGGGUACUAAAAAGAAAGGAAAUAGAAAGAUGCUAACGUUUCACAUUAAAGAAACAAAGCCUCCUUUGUUAGUUCCAGGUAUGAUGUAUUAACAGAGUAUCAAGACAAAAGCACCACACAGUAAAUGUUUGUUACUGGAAUUCAUCAUAUCCUCUACAGUCACACAUGGGAUGCAGUCCUCUUAUAUCCUGUACAGUCACACAUGGGAUGCAGUCCUCUUAUAUCCUGUACAGUCACAGGUGGGAUGCACUCCUCUUAUAUCCUGUACAGUCACACAUGGGAUACAGUCCUCUUAUAUCCUGUAGUCACACAUGGGAUAGAGUCCUCUUAUAUCCUGUACAGUCACAGGUGGGAUGCAGUCCUCUUAUAUCCUGUACAGUCACAGGUGGGAUGCAGUCCUCUUAUAUCCUGUACAGUCACAGGUGGGAUGCAGUCCUCUUAUAUCCUGAACAGUCACAGGUGGGAUGCAGUCCUCUUAUAUCCUGAACAGUCAAACGUGGGAUGCAGUUCUCUUUUUCAAAGACUACACUUUUGAGACCUUUCACCUUUGAUUAAGUUAUUGAACUUAAAUACAUGAAUCUAGCUAUGGCCCAUCAUUUGUCCAGGUAAGGAAACUCCUCGCCCAAGCUAUAAGACAAACAAGGCCAUAGCACUCGCUCUCUGUAUCCCCAGACUGUUGGAAUGUAAAAACAGCCCCUCCCCUUUCUCAGAACAAAUCAUCAAAAGCUUUUGUGCAAGCAGAAGCUGUGAGACACAGACAGACAGGUGGAUAUUUAUCUAUAGUCACAGAGCUUCGCUGUGAGACAGACAGCAGUGUGGAUAUCUAUCUACAGUCACAGAGCUUUGCUGUGAGACAUACAGAGACAGGUGGAUAUUGAGCUACAGUCACAGAGCUUCGCUGUGAGACAG